UUGCCUCUCAGCUCAGCCAGUUCGACGUUCGCGAACGACGCGAACUUCGAGAAAACGCGUUGCGCUAAUCGCAUUGAGAAGCUACACAGUCAACGUUGAGGGGUGCUUUAUUAUUCCGUUACGGGGUCAAUGCUUUUCGCCCGGGGCGACAACGAUCUCAAUAUUUUUGUUACCGAUGUUGUCGCUAAUUUUUUGACUAGGGAAACGAUUUCGUGACUGUGGCCAUGGAUGGACUUCGAUUGGCGAUCCAGACUAGAUUGGGAGAGAGGAUGGUUAGUAUGAACUCAACGCUAGUGGAGACGGUUAGCAUCAACUACGAAGACUUCAACGAGAGCUUUUUAACAUGUGGAACGUGCUUGUGUAUGUACGAUGGCCAGGAACACACACCGAAGCUCCUCCAAUGCUCGCACACCGUCUGCUUGCACUGCCUCACCCGGAUAGCAGCCUCCCAAACCCGAGACACGGGCACCUUCCGCUGCCCGAUAUGCAGAGAACUGAUCCACAUCCCCCGCGGGGGGGUAUCCGCCCUUCCGCCUUCGUUUCUAGUCAACCAGCUGCUGGAUUUAAUGUCGAGACAGAGGAGGGAGGUGAUUCCGAAGUGUUCGGUGCACAUAAACCAGGAAUUGUUGUUCUGCGAAACUUGUGAUACCGUUUUUUGUACCCUUUGCACCGGGGGAUCCCACAAUGACACGACGACGAGCUGCGAGCACACCAUCAUACCUUUUUCGAUAGCUAUUAAGAGGAUGUCCGAGAUUUUGCUGUACAAAGCCAAUGAAUGUAUUUCUAAGUUAUCUCAAGCGCAAGAAGGAGUGAGUGCCGAACUGGGCAGGCUGGACACUGCCAAAGAGACAUGUUUAGACAAAAUCAACGAGACAUUCCAACAGAUACAGACGUUAAUGGAUCAAAGGAAACAGGAGAUCAUCGACAGCGUCAAUACGAUAUGUACAGAAAAACGACGCGUCUUGGAAGAACAACAUACCCUUAUAGAAAACGAAAAAAAUAAGGUAGAGCAAGAAUGUCAAGGCCUCCAGUAUCAAGUGGAAGUACGAAACAUCACUCAAAGAAUCGAGAUCCUCUCAGAAAAAUUGGACUCCACAGUAGCCCUCAGUGAACCUCGAGAAAACGCAUUCCUCACCUGCGAUUUUGACUUAAACGACAGCUUCGAACAGAUCCAGCAACAUCUGAGCGUGCUGGGCAAAGUCAGAACCAGCACAACGUUCCCGAGGUUAUGCACUGCCAAGCUAGAGGGCAGCACUAUAGCAGGAAUCGAGAAUUAUGUUACGCUUACUACAGUAGACUAUCACGGGAACGAGAGGAAGAACGGUGGGGAUCCCGUGGAGGCUGAGCUACUUAGUGCUGCAGCAGAAGAAAGCAUCAACCCUUCGCAUUCCGAAGAAACCUAUCCAGUGAGAAUAGAAGAUUGUGAUGACGGUACUUACAAGCUCUACUUCAGAGUCCCCAAGUCUGGCCGAUAUGGCAUAAAAAUCUCUGUGAUAAACCGACCGAUCAAAGACAAUCCUCUCUACUUCGACGUCAGCGACCAUAACAACCCGAUUUGCGUCUAUGGGACGAAAGGAAGCGGAAAGGACGAGUUCAUGCAGCCUGUAGCUGUGGCGGUAGACGAGAAAGACCAAUCUGUGUAUGUGUUAGAUACUGGAAACUCGAGGAUCAAGGUUUUGACUGAUCAGUUGGAGUUUAUGAAGCACGUUACCAAUGAGGGGUUGCUUGGUAGGAGUUGCACAGGAAUUGAUAUUACAAACAAUGGCUUAAUAGUCGUCAACUGGAGGACGAAGUAUCUCACGGAAAUGACUACAGAUGGAGAAACUAUAAAGUCUUUUACCUACAAUGCCUUCCAAGAGCCGAUAGAUGUAGCCGUGGACAAAAAUUACGGGCACAUACUGAUCGCUGACAAUGGUAUGAACUGUGUCUUCGUAUUCGACUCCGAGGGGAAGAUAUUAUUCCAGGUUGGCAAGAAAGGAACCUUCAAUCUCAUAUCAUCUGUAGCUGUAGGGCCUCUUGGUGAAAUCGUAGUGGCUGAUUCCAGGGUACAAAUGUUCUCCGCCAAAGGAGACUUCAUGGAAGUCAUCUACGACGAAGGAAAAGGUAAAGGCCGGUACGGUGGCAUAGCGAUCGACCCCGAGAACAAAGUCCUCCUAACAAGAACUGAACAAAAAGGCCGAACCUACGUACAGCUGCUCUCUCUAACCGAAAACAACGUCAACCAGUGUAUAGAUUCGCACGAUGCCAAGUUGAAGAGACCUAGUGGGGUCGCAGUCACUAACAACCACCAUGUAGUCGUCGUUGAUUUGGGCAAUAACUGUGUUAAAAAGUAUAGAUAUUGGUAGUUUUUACAGAACUGUCUCUCUUAGAAUGGUUAACGGUUACAUCUGAUGCUGUGGAAACUAGAUAUACAAUAUAUGACACUAAGUUUGACUGUCUCGCAUGCUCGUCUCGAUUUAGUGGAAACUAAUCCAUAAACCAAAAUGACAACACUGUAAAAUUGUAUAAAUUGUGUUUUAACGUAUUUGCUGUCGACCAAAAAUUGUUCUGAGCCGAAUAGGUCUUUUCAAACGAUUCUCAUUUGUUUCGAACUUCUGUCAUGCGUCGUAUAUUAAUAUUAUACGACGUAUGACAGAAGCUCAAAAAAAUGAGAAUCGUUGAAAAGCCCUAUUACUUAGAGAGCCUUUAGAAUCACAUCUCGUCUGAGCCUACUCGACGCCUAACAGAAGUAACCUUUAUAUUAACAAUUCUUUUUCUUCUUUUACCCUUUAAUUCGUCCAAUUUUGAACAUAGGCUUUCCCCAGUUUCCUCCAUUCGCUUCUGUUUAGUACUUCCUGUUUCCAGUGUGUUUCUCGUAUCUUUCUAAUGUCAUCUCCCCAUCUCAUCUGGGGCCGUCCUCUUGCUCUCUUUCCUGUCCAUGGUCUCCAUUGUCGUAUCGUGGCAUUCCACCUAUUGUCCGUAAUAUAUAUUAUUAUAUUAACAAUAACCACUAAUACAUGGCAUGCAUAUGGUUGGUACAGUAUAAAUAACGACGCACGUCAUAGCAAGUGACGUCACAUGAUACCAACACAAAAUAUUUAAGUCGUAGGUCUGUUCUUGUUUAGAAUCUUUUAGCCAAGUACACUGGACUUACAGCCACUUCUUAAAGUGCCUUCUCCAUUACUGAAGGUUGGCUAUAACUGCAGCAAAUUGCUCUCUAUCUGGCUUUACAGCCACUAGAAAUAUUUUAUUAUAUACGCGUAGAUAUAAUAUUUGAAGAUAUAUUAAUGUAAACUUAAAGAAAUACACAAUAACUUGUUUCACUUAUAUGUAUAAGUGGAUUAUAAAGCAUUUUUAUGAAGCACACUUAUCCGGAUCGCACUUUAACUGUGAUCGAACGAAGGUGAUAUUUUAGCAUACAUUUGUGACAUUUGACAGUUGCGGUGUUGACACUUCAGAUUUGUUUUUAUUAUAUACUAUAAGUAUUUGUUUUAUUAUAUUUAUUGUUUUAUUAUUUACUUUAACCUAAGAUUAUUACUUAAUUCAUUUUCUUAUUUCUAAUUUUUUUAUUUACUUACAUUCAAUAUUAAUUUGUUUUGUUGUAUAUAUAAUCUACUCUGCAAUAAUUAUGUGAUAUAUUUGAUUUAAAAUGAAUUCAGUAUUUUUUUUGUAAUUUGGCAACAAUGUCAACUUAGAUUUCUGACGUAGAUAAUGAUGUGCAUCGGGUUUUAUACUGUACCAACCAUAUUAUAAUUUGUGAAAUGGCUAAAUUGCCAACCCGCAUCACUUAAUAUACAGUCCAAACUUCCCUAAUUAUUAUUUUUCAAGAGUUAAGUAGCAUAAAAGAUCAUAAAGUCUCUAAGAAGCAUUAAAGAAAUCUUCUGUGAAGACAAAAUAAGGAAUCAGGAACCACAGCUUUUUGAAGAAAUGGAGAAAAGUAAAACUGAUUUAUGAAUCAAAUAUUGUAUAGACGAGCAUAGACUGAUAUCCUUCCAGUUUCCUUCAACUCCACGUAAAACCGUUAACUAACCGUAACUUGGCCGAUAUUAUCACGUUCGGUUGUGAAAUAAUAGUUCCCAUCUCUACUUACAACAUUAUUUCGUGCCUAUACGCCACUGAAUAUAUUUUUUAAAUGAAUAUACCCUUACUUUGUUUUAAAAGUUUAAAUUUAUUUGUUCAAUUUGUAUAAACACCAAUAUCUGCUUUGAAAAUUGCGAUAGUAUAAUCAUACACUGCUCAAACAAGUUAGGAAUGUGCUUUUGCAUUUGAUUUAAGAGGUACUGGGGUGUCCCAAUAAGAUAUUCAAUUACGCCCUCUAACGGUGGACCUACAAUUAUGAAAAUAAUUUCCAGGCUUUUCCCGAGGCAACUUUUGUUAUAAAUAUUUUUUUCUCGACGCUGUACUAUAAACGGUUCCUGAGAUAUGACCGAGAGCCAUUCUUAUUGGGACACCCGGUAGAUGCAGGCUAUUUCAGGAGAACUAAUAGAUACUACAACAUGGCAACAAAGCGUGUGUUAAAAUUUUCUGAGAGGUGGGAAGGGCUGUGAUUUAAUAAGACUGUUAAUUUGAACAGUUACAAUUCUGUCGCCGAAACAAGAAAAAAUGUUGUGGCAAUUUACUCGACAUGGGCGACUGGUAUGUACGAGGGUUAAAAUGCUGGAGUAGCUCCCAUAAAAAGUAAUGAAAAGAAAGGUUUUUCGAUAGUUAAAAUUGUUUAUUUUUUUCUUUCCUGAAUAUGCAAUUGCCUAAUUUUUGAGCAGUCUAUAACAAAUUGCCUCAUACAUUGUAUUAUAUUAAUAUUUAGUGGUCCUAAUUGAUAUUUCAGGGUAGAACUAGAUUUAGGCUUCUGCAAAUAGUAAAUUUUGAGAUUUUCUUUUUAGUUUUACCCUGGAUUUUGCUGUAAACUAUUUUCGCUACGUUUAUUGUAGUAUCCAUUUAGAAACGAGUACUUAAGUGUUCUUUUUUAUAUUUGUUUUCUAAUGUUGUAAAACUAUGCUUCGCGUUCCAAGAGGGCACAACCCUGAAGAUAUUUUCCCAAGGGUUACGAAUCAUUGCAAAAAGGGCUUGUGUACUUAGGGAACGAGAUUUUGUUAAUGAAUAUUUGUCUAGUCAUUACUUUGUAUUUUUGUAAAGUAUUUAUUGUAAAUAUACACAUCAAAGAUU